AUGCCUACCGUUGCCGAGCCCCAGCAGCAAGCUCCCAUGACUGACGUCACGGACGACAUUGUUUCCGCCCAGCCUACCGCUGAGCCUCAGCCCGAGAUGAGCCUGCGAGGUGGUGAGGAAGCUGGAUCGAUCAAGAUGGGCGUGGAUGAUGGGGAGUCACUAUAA